AUGACUGAUCAAAUUUUGGCUGAAGCGUUCCAAGCUCAAUUAAAAGGAAAAGCCAAAUUAGCUAAACAAUGUGCACAUCAAGGAUGGUUAUUACAAUAUUGCCAAAGAUUGGGCAAAGAUGGCGUUAGACUUUUCUUUGAAAGAAUAAAUGGACCAAAUCCUCAAGCACGUGAAAUUUUUAUGAAUGAUGUUAAUGAAACAUACCAUACAAGUUGCAUAGUUCCAAAAUCAUAUGACAGAUUUUGUGGAUGUAAGUUGUAA